UUUCAAUUCAGCGACUAGUGGACUGGACUACACUGUUCGUGCCAAAGAACUAGGGUUUUGAGCGGAAAGACAUGAAUUGUUUGAGCUCUGAACGGGUCUUACAAGAGAACCAGGGUCGCAGUCGCGAUUCCAUUACCUCUCUUAUGCUUCACCAUAAAGCUCUAUCUGAUGUUUCUUGUUUGAGUGACUUCAAGAACUUAGAGAGGCUUGAUCUUGGCUUCAACAAUCUUUCCUCGCUCGAGGGCUUAAGGGCAUGCAUCAAUUUGAAGUGGUUAUCAGUUCUACAGAACAAACUCCAGAGCUUGAAAGGAAUUGAAAGCUUCUCUAAGCUUACGGUCUUAAAUGCAGGCAAGAAUAAGCUUACAUCAAUGGAUGAAGUCAAGUUCCUCACAAGCUUACGGGCACUAAUUUUGAAUGAUAAUGAGAUAUCUUCCAUUUGUAUGCUUGAUCAACUAAAGGACUUGAACACUCUUGUUCUUUCUAGAAAUCCAAUUCUCAAUAUUGGCAAUUCGUUGGUCAAGUCGAAAUCAAUCACAAAACUGUCUCUCUCCAAUUGUCAAAUUCGAUCAAUUGGUUCUUCACUGGUUUCCUGCGUGGAUUUGAAAGAGGUUCGACUUGCACACAAUGAGAUCAUGACACUCCCACAUGAGUUGGCUCACAAUGUGAAGCUCCAAAACCUGGAUGUUGGAAACAACUUGAUCACAAGCUGGUCAGACCUGAAGGUAAUAUCCUCCUUACGCAACCUGAAAAACCUGAAUCUACAGGGAAACCCUAUAGCUGAAAAGGAAAAAUUAGCUAAGAAGAUCAAAAAAUAUGUGCCAAACUUGCAGAUAUUUAAUGCUAGGCCUAUGGAGAGAAGCAGCAGAAAAGAGAAGGUCUCCAAGAAAGAUAUCAAGGAUCAUGAAACUGAUGAUUCUCAUGUUAAAAGUGCUCUUGAUCUGGAAGAAAAACAUGAGGUUAAGAUAGAAAACCCUAGGGUAAGCAAGAAGAUCUCUAGAAGUACCAAGGAUGCUGAUGAUGUUGAAAUAGAGGUAAAGCAGAAAAAAUGGAAAAGAACCGAGGAACUCUCAAAGAGAAAUGCUUCAGUUCAUGACAAGGAUGAUGUCACCGCCGUGGACAAGAAAGAAAAGAGAAAGCAGAAGAAAGCAGAAAAAAACGAGCUUGACAUCAUCGAUGAUGGUGAAACUCCAUUCAUGGAAAUUAUUUCUUCUGAAACUGCUAAGAAUUUGAAGGAUGGUAAUAGAAAGGACCAUGAAUCUAUUCAGGACAUCAAAUCUGUUGGUGGUUUAGUUACAUUCCCAGCUAAGAUAAAGAAAGCGAGAAAGAAACUGGGGGCAGGACAUUCUGCACUCCAAUUAUUGUCACCUGGAAUGGAAAUUGGAAUGGGUGGGCAAUCAAUGUGGGAUGCUUAACAUGGGGGAGAAGUGUAUUUUUUAGUGCUUGGAAGAGAUUAUCCUGCAGAUGGUCAUCUUCCAGGUAACCAAUCUGCUUCAAGUUUUGAAGUUGUGCUUCUUUACUUUUCAUUUGUGCUUUCACCCUUGUAGUUAUCUGGUUAGAUAGUGUAACUUGUACAAUACAAUCAGAAUUUAUGUUCCCUCUAGAUUAGAA